AUGUCACGAACAUCAAAAGAAACCGUUAAACGCAUCUUGACUCAGGCUUCGAAGGACCUAUGGAGACAACUUUCCCAAGAAAGGGAAGGGAAGCACAAGGCACAUCCUACAUUUUCUUCAUACCAGAUUAAACAAUUGGUCUUAGAGACCGCUAACUUCUAUACGGUAUACGAGCUGGCAUGUCUUCCAUUGAGCGAUUUUAUCGCUAUGUGUCAAGUUUCCUCGUUCCAGACAUUUUUGGCUUCUAAAGUCGGUAUUGAGACGGGAGAGUCUCUGGGCCUCGCUCAUCAAAAGACGAGGGCAUGGGGGCAAUCCCUUUUGAUGACAAUCAUGGCACGAGAGUGUCAUGAACAUAACCAACUGCAACAGGCAGACAAGACAAGACUGGAAGAAUAA